AUGGCUGUCAGCCACAUAAGCGUCAAGCGCAUUGCAGCGUUGGUCGGCAACAAGUUUGGUCACCCUUGUCUAGUGCACAACAGCGAACAAAAAGACAUUCCAUGCAGCUACUUUUGCUUAGACUGUCGAGAACUACAGCAAGAGGCCUUGUGCUACGUCUGCCAAGGAAGUCAUCCAUCUCACCGGAUGUUACAGGUGCGUAAAGCAUCAUUGAAUGAAGUGGUACGGGUCCAAGAUAUCAUAGGGGUGAUCGAUAUAACGGGGAUACAACAGUAUGAGCGUAAUGGAUUUAAGGUCCUACAUCUCACCAAGCGGGGCACCUGUAGAGGCUCCAUGGUCAGGUUAAAGCGCCGGGGCGGCCGGCCCCAUAGGUUUGAAUGUAUUUCAUGCAAACGUGCCCCAAUGGAUGUGGCCCAGUUUUGCUCGGUCGGAUGCAAGGUAGAAGUGGAGGCACGUAGCCCUCCAGAUAAUACUGGAUGCAUGGAAGGGAUCAUCAAAUACCGUGAUCUGGAUGAUUUCUACCCUGCCGCUCAAGUAGCAAAGAAGCAGAAGGUACAUGUCAAAGCUAGGUGUUCCCUCAAUACGGAGAAUGCUGCCCCUUUUCUAGGUGGUCACUCAGCGCACAUGAUGCCACGCCGCCUAUGUGCUCACUCAAUAAGGAGGCCGCGUUGCCUAAGAGUCCACGCAAGGGAAGACCAGUACGUGCACCAUUCUACUAAGAAGAAGGGGCAUGUAGAAUAA